CCCACUUGAUGGACGUUGUGAAUUUACAAAUCUAACACAGUGGUCCCCACAUAGCGCAGUUCUUUUUGACCCGCCAAAACAAAAGCUCUCAUCACAAAUUUCAUCUACUCUCUUCUUUUAUAUAAGGAGUUACUCGAGCUCUCCCAUUAUUUUGGCUUCACAAUUUGAAUAUCUUUUCUCUAUCAAUCUUCUACCAACACCCUCUCUUUUAUCAUCAGAAGGGAAAGGCAGAGAGGAAGGAGAAAAAAAAAAUUAAAAAAAAAAAAAUGGAUAUUCCUGAAAUCCCUCCCUUCUUCAUCUGCCCCAUCUCUCUUCAGAUCAUGAAAGAUCCAGUCACCCUCUCGACGGGCGUGACAUAUGAUCGUGAGAGCAUCUAUCGUUGGGUCUUCUCUUAUAAUCACAAUACAUGCCCCGUCACGAAACAGCCCCUUACUGAUCACAAUCUCACCCCGAACACUACUCUCCUUCGCCUGAUCCAAUCAUGGAGCCGUGGGAAUUCCUCAAACGUCGCCAUACAGGUAGAUUCAUCAAAGCGAGUUCCUGACUUCUCGGCCUUUGGGAAGAUCAUUGCUGAGGUAAGAGUACCCCGAUCACAGAUCAAGUCUCUCAGAAAGAUCAAAUCUAUAAUCCAAGAGAGCGAUUACAACAGAAGAUGCAUGGAAGAAGGUGGCGUUGCUUCGCUCAUAGUAUCUCUAAUAACUGAGACAGACCCAAGAAGGUUUUCAGAUCCUAAUGACGACUCAGUGGCUACUGAAGAAGCCAUUAAGGUGCUGUAUGUUCUCAAGCCAUCGCCAGAAACCCUAAAGAAACUUGCCGAAGAUAAAAACGGCAAGCUUAUAGCAUCUUUAUCGUUGAUGAUGCAAGAUGGAAGCUACCAAAGUAGAAUUCACGCAACCCUUUUGUUAAAAUCGGUCUUUAAGCUGGUAGAUGACAUCUACAAGACAGAAUUGCGAGCCGAGCUCUUCGACAGCAUCGUCGAGAUAAUAAAAGAUCAGAAUUCAAAUCAGGCAACUAAGGCCGCUCUAUCAAUUCUAACUGAAGUUACACCAUUUGGGUGUAAUAGCAUCAAGGCGGUCGGGGUGGGACUUGUCACUGUUCUUGUGGAGUUGCUAGCAGAAAGCAAUGAAAGGCGGAGCUGCGAGGUUAUGUUGGGAGUGUUGGAGGUGUUGUGUGGGAAGGCUGAAGGGCGGGCGGCAUUCAUAGCCCACCCGGCGAGUAUGGCAGCAGUGUCGUCAAAGAUCUUGAAGGUUUCACAAGCUGCAAAUGAGAGAUCUUUGAAGGUGCUGUUGCUGGUGUGUAGGUUUUGCGAGCGUAGUGUUGUGCUGGAGAUGAUGGAGGUGGGUGUUGUGGGAAAGGUGUUCAUGGUGGUGCAGGCAGAGUGCAGUAGAAAGGCAAAGGAGAGGGCUAAGGAGAUUCUAGGGUUGCAUAUGCAGACGUGGAGCAAGUCACCUUGCUUCUCUUCAAACAUGUGGCUUUGAAGGCAAGUUGGAUUGGUUAGGUGUUUGAUUCUCUUUCUUCUUAUUUGGAUUUUUAAUUUGUG